AUGGAUGAUCGAUCCCUAGGACUCCGAGAGGGUCGUACGCCGCUUACGUCCGUUGCUGUGAGGGGACAUGUCGCGGUAGCUAAGCUUUUGCUUUCAACCGAUCGGGUGCAGGCUGAUUUUGACAUGACAACGAGGGAUAUUUUGUGUGCUUUUGCACCGUCGAAGUUGAGUUACAAUGUCCUUAGCGUGUUAGAUGAUUAUAAGAACCAGUGUUGA